AUGUUGCCUUUCGCCAUAGUGGCAUUUGAAAAUAAUGGCGGAUUGGCAGUUAUUCCAACGAAAUGGUUUACCGGGGGUGAGGAGGACGAAUGUUACUGGCCACCAGCCAAGAUCAACAUGGCAAAGGCCGUCGCAGAACAACUGGAGCCGCACACUGACUGGGCAACAUUCAAGUUGACGGUCAAGAGAAAAGCCGAAACGUAUGGAGUUGCCCGCUCAAAAUUGGUUGAGUACGAGGAAAAUACAGAUGUCCUGACCGAGUCUGAUUCCGAGAACUUGGGAAAAGGACAGCGCAAAAGGAGGAAAGUCAUUUUUACAAGUGAGGAUGAGGAUGAGUACGAUGACAGCCCCAUCGGACCUACCGCUCCAUCCAGCCUCAGGUCACCACCUACCGCUACAUCCAGCCUCAGGUCACCACCUACCGCUCCAUCCUACGCUACAUCCAGCCUCGGGUCACCACCUACCGCUCCAUCCUACGCUACAUCCAGCCUCAGGUCAACACCUACCGCUCCAUCCUUCGCUACAUCCAGCCUCAUGUCACCACCUACCGCUCCAUCCUACGCUACAUCCAGCCUCGGGUCACCACCUACCGCUCCAUCCAGCCUCAGGUCACCACCUACCGCUCCAUCCUACGCUACAUCCAGCCUCAGGUCACCACCUACCGCUCCAUCCUACGCUACAUCCACCCUCGGGUCACCACCUACCGCUCCAUCCUACGCUCCAUCCAGCCUCAGGUCACCACCUACCGCUCCAUCCUACGCUACAUCCAGCUUAAGGUCACCGCCUACCGCUCCAUCUCCAGUAAGAGACUCCAUGUUCGUGCGCAUCUUAACCCUCCUUGAGGAGGUGAAAGAAACACAAAAGAUUCACGGGAGGAUGCUGCAAACGCUGUUACAACAGCGUGGAACCACCGUCUCCACCGUCUCUUCUACCCCAGAGGGUUUCCCCUUAAAGACGGUUCAAGAUGUCAUGAACAUGGAGGAAAAACUGGCGAACACAAACGUCAUGUCUGAACUGGUCGCAGCUGUGGCUGACAUUGGGGGGGCAACUAUUGAUGAGGCCACAAGAAGGAUGAUGGCCUUCCUCCUAGACCACGGCCUGUCUAGGAAUUACAACCUUCUGGGCCGAAACGGGAAGAGGGAGUUUAAGGCCUUGAAGUUGUUUGAAGUGAUAUAUGGAGGCAUGAAGAAAAACCAGAUGACCAGCAAUAUUACCCGUAAAGAUGCAGAGAAGACCAUCUCCAAAUGGUUCAUUGGUUCUAGGGACCGGGGGGGUAAUCGACAGGUCCGACAGGCCACCCCUCAACAAAGACUUCAGACAUUUGAGGAGCCAUAA